CCAUAAUAUUAUAAUCGUUAUAAUUUAUAAUGAUGAUGGCCUUAUUAACGAACUUACAUUUAGGACUACUCAACAAGUAAUCUAAUUAUCAAUGUGAAGUGCACUGUGUGGAGACCUGUGUGAGUGUGAGCAACUCUGACCAAAAAAAAAUAAGAAAAGAAGGUACUCACUCUUAUAAGAUACUAUUUAUGUACAUCAGUGGCAUAGGAAAGUCAGAGGGUUGGUUCACCCAGGGCCACACAUUUUUGUAGCAUUGGAGAGCAAAAAUCUUUGGCCGCCCUGGGCGGCACUAACCUUAGCUACGCCGCUGAUGUACAUCUAGUGACCAUAAGAAUAAUGCAGUUAGGGUUACCAACCAUCUGUAAAUUUAUGAACAGUCUGUAAAAAUUUGACUUAAAAUGGCUUGUCCAAAAAUAGUCAUUAAGAACUUAAGGGUGUCCAUUAAAAUGUGAAAUUUCACAAAUAUCUUUUCAAGCGGAAAAUAGGGGAUAUCUCAGCAUUUAUAAUUUCUUCUUGCUGGCUUUAAACUUGAAUGAUCAUGAUUAUGAGAAACUUUGAUGAUAAUGCCUUAAAAUUAACUAACGUUUGAAAAUAGGCUCAACCAUUGUCAUUAUAUGACUUAGAGUAAUAAUAAAAUAGGCCUACAGACAUUGUGAACGAACAUAGUUGUAGAGUAAUUUCAAAUUCGUUAGCCUCAAAUAUUAAUUUUAAAUAUGUGUCCUUAAAAUUUUUGUUUGUCUGAAAAAAUUGUGGAGAUUUAGAUUAUUUUUCAGAUAUUUUAAUUUUUUGGCAUAAAGCCUACAUUACAUGGAAGUCUCACCAAAAAAGAAAAAAGAUUCCAUUAAAAAAAAAAUUGUGAAAGCUAGCUAAUUUUGGAACUAUUCUUGGUAGGAACUAUGCUUUAUGGUAUUAAAAUAUCACCCAGCUUAAUCUAUUUAGUUUUAUUUUGGAGGCUGUUAUAUUGAUAUAUUAAAUUAUAAACUUUUAAUAAUCAGUUGCAUAAUAUUCUAGCAAUCCAGCACUACCUGUUAAAUACAUUAAUUUUAAUCUAAAAAUGCAAAAAGCUAUUUACAGGUUAGGGCUAUAUCAUGUUUGUGCAAUGUUGCAUGUAUUAUUUAUAUAUGCUAUUUUCAGGUAUGGAGGUCAUGGAUGAACCAGUAGUUGAUGGAACUUGUCUGACAAUGUGCCCUGAAGAUGAAAUAGCCCUGUAAGUUCUCUACUGCAAGCCAACCUUUCAAAUAACUCCUCUAUGACAGGGAUCCAUAACUCUUUGGAUUUUUAUUAUUAAUUAUAUAUUUAUACUUUUAUGUCCAUCUUAAGUUGUCCAUUGCCACGUGAAGAGCCUUACAGGUGCUGACCCUAAACUAUUUUAUCACAAAAAUAAUGUAAGGGAGAUUCUUUUAUGUCAUCAACUCUUACAAAUUAUGUCCCAUUAAAUGAUACAUUUGUAAUCUGUAUUCUAAUGAGUGAGCGUCAUGCACAGUCUUGCUGUACAGAUUCUUUUGGUAUUAGUUAGCUAUAUUUUUAAAUUUUUAUUUCUUGCUGUGGUUAGACAGUCCUAAUGAAAAAAAAAGUGAUUAAAAUAAGAUUAUUUUAUUGAUCCAAAUAAAUGGAAAUGUUUUUUUAUUACAUUGUGCUUACUCAUUUUCAGCACAUAAAUAAAUACAUAUUCUAACUAAGACCAUAUCUUACAAAUACAAAAAUUUAAACAAAAACAACUAAAGUAUUUCUCUAGCAUAGAAAUAACAUAAGCCAUCAGUGACCGGUUUUAGUGAAAAUAACGACAUAAUUAGUGAUCAUAUAGAUUUGGGAACCACUAGGGGAGCACAGACUGGGGAACGAAAUAAUUUGCAUAUCUUUCGGUCUUAACUUAAAGAGAAAGAAUUCACCCUGAUCGAGCUGAUUGUAGGUAUUUGUCAUGAAGUGGGUGGGAUAUAACAUCCAACAAAAUUUUUAGUUUUACAAAAGCAUUUUCCUUCAAAUAAUUCUUCAAAUGAAGGAUGUUUAGUUUGGGUGAUAUUACAAGCUUUCUUGUUUAGUCUAUUUAAUUGGUGCUUGAUGUCAAAGGAUGAAAUCCUACACCAGCAGGUAAUACUAAAGUUUAUUAGGCGUCCAAUUUUUGCACUGUAGAAUUUAGUUACAUUUUCUGAAAAAAAUAAAAAUAAGUUUAAAACUGUAAAAAGUAACUUGUUCAAACCAAUUUCCCUUUAAAAUUAAUUAAAGUUUUAUUAAGUUUAUAUUUUGUGAGGGGAAAUGAAAAUAUUUUGCAAAAUAACUAAAAUAAUAUAAAUAUAACGAAUGUUUUUUAUGAUAAAUUUUGAUUAAAAAUUGUGGUUGCUUUAUAGAUUAAUUCUUUGUGAAAACAAUUUUAAAAAUCUCAUUCUUAUUUAGGAUGAUGAUAAAUUAUUGGUGAGCUCUUGGAAGGGAUAGACCCUGGUCUUUUUUUUAAUAAUAAUCUAUAAUGACAUGCAGCUCCCAAAAUAUUUUCAUAGCAGAUAUAGUGCCAAAUUUAUAAAAAUUUAGUAAAUGUAAUUUUAAAAAUCUGAUAUAAUUAUGUAAAGACAUUUUUUUUUCUUUUACAAGGAGAAUAAGAGAAGGAUUGGUUCACAUGCUUGAAACAUCAUCUGUACAUCUGGAACUGAAUGGAAAAUCUAGAAGGUGAAUAAAAUGCAGUUUUUCAAUUAUUUUAAUCGUGUUGAAAAAUAAAAUUUUAAAUACAAUUUAUUCGCCCAAAUUCAGCCAUUUAUGAAAAUAUAAAGAACUUGUAGUAAGAAAGAUUAACUUAAAUCGUUGCAUUUACAUAUUUCAUUCAUUAUAUAUAUAUUGAUGAUGAUGAUAAUAUUUUACCAUUUUUAGCCAUAUUUUUAUGAAAAAUAAUUAGUACAGCUUCUUUUUUUAUAAAGCACAGUUUGGUCCAAAAACUUAUGUACUCUCAAAUAUAUAUUGUGUUAGUCACUGAUGCAUUGUUUUUUUUUUUUGUUUAAUAAUUUAUAUUCACUUCUAUAAUUAAAAUAACAACAGAUCUGUUGCUGAUGCCUCCAAAAUGGUGAAAGAAUUUUCUAGGCCGGCAGCGGGACGUGCAGAUACAGAGUCACAUAACCUUCGUCCUGUCCCCGUCUUGAAGCAAACAGUGGCAUAUUUAUAUAAAGAGUAUGAAUUUUAAGACAUACUGUGUGCAUUGUAUAUUCUAUUAUAAACACAUUAAAAAAAAACAUACCAAUUCCAAAGAAAAUUAAGGUAACGUGCAACAACGACUUACGACCUGUUGCACUUACCUCUUGUCAUGAAAUGUUUUGAGAAAAUAAUUCUGAAAGAAAUUUUGAAAGAAGUACAGCAAAAAACUUGACUCCCCACCAAUUUGCUUACAAACCUGCCAGAAGUACGGAGGACACAAUCUUACUAUUGUUGGAGAGACUUUACCAUCACCUAGACAGUCCUAAAACAUAUGCCAGAGUGCUUUUCUUAGACUUCUCAUCAGCAUUUAACACCAUCCAACCACACCUUAUGAUAAAGAAACUUUCCUCGUUAGGUGUCAAUUUAAAUAUUCAGGCUUGGAUACUGAACUUUUUAACAAAUCGACCACAAUAUGUCAAAGUAAAUAACUAAGUAUCUCUAACCAGAGAAAUAAGAACCGGGGCACCACAAGGCUGCAUUCUCUCUCCUGUACUGUAUACAAUAUAUACAAAUGAUAUUCAAAGCUCAAGCAACACAGUUCAAAUCUUAAAAUUUGCUGAUGAUACCACGAUUGUUGGCUUAAUAUUUGAAGGAUAAGCCCUAUACCGUAACUUAGUAACAAGCUUUAGCAAUUGGUGCAAUGAAAAUUUUCUCCAGUUGAAUGUCUCAAAAACAAAAGAAAUGAUUGUUGAUUUCAGGAGGGGGAAACACCUGAUUACAGAUCUCAACAUAAAAAAUCAAAAUGUGGAGAAAGUGGAGGCAUACAAGUACUUAGGUGUCACCAUUAAUAAUAAGCUAACAUGGCAUGAGCACGGCCAAAUCCUGUAUAAGAAAUUCAUCCAAAGACUGUUCUACCUCAAAAAACUGUACAAUUUUGGCGUAAACAAGCAAGUCGUUAACUUAUUCUACAGUGCAACUAUUGGAAGCCUUCUUAAUUUCAGUAUUACCUGCUGGUGUGGAAAUUCAACGUCUGAUAUUAAACACCGCAUAAACCAAAUAAUCAAGAAAGCUAGAAACGUAACACAAACUAAACAUCUUUCACUUGAAGAACUAUUUGAAGAAAGAUGUUUUUGCAAAACUAAACACAUUUUGGGUGAUACAUCCCACCCUCUUCAUCACAGAUACUUAGGAUUGGGUCGUUCGGGACGAAUUCUUUCCAUCAGGGCGAGGACUGACCGAUAUAAAAAUUCUUUUGUUCCCCAAUCUGUACGAAUUUACCGUCGUGCUUUUUCUGAAGUCAGACAUCUGAAUGAGAACUAAUAAGUCCCCGAUUUUGCUAAUAGAAUGGCUCACUGAAUGGCUGUUUGAAAUAAUUUAUGUAAAUGUCUUGUGUUAAAAAAUUUUUAUUUUUGUGCUGGAAAUGUAUAAGGCAAUCAAAAAACAUUUCCAUUUAUUUGGAUCAAUAAAAGAAUCUUAUCUUAUAAUCAUUGUGCUCUAUGAACCUUAACAAGUUUUAACAUUCCAACACACAUCAGGGAAAUAGUGCAUCUGUUGAUUCACAAUCACCUCUACGACCAUAUGUCAUGAAUUGUUAGCACCUUUCUGAUCAUUUAUAAAGAGUAGCAGAAAUUACUUAGAAUAAUAAUCAGAUUAAGCAUUGAAAAAUAUUGCAACUUACUUUUUACAACAUUGUCUGUGUUACAGAUGACAAAUGAUAUUUGUCACAGCAUCUGUUUACUAGCUUGGAAGCUCAAAAAACAUCCUAUAAUUGCAAACUUUUUUAAUUGCAUUUUUAAUAAUUUUUAACUUGAAUGAUUUUUAAAUUUUUAUUCCUGAUUGAGUUAGGGUUAAGGUUGGACUCUGUUGUAGAUAUGGCUAGACAGGGGUAAAAAUAGUAUUUAGGUAGGCGAGGUAAAUCUUUUUACAAGCUGUUUUUAAAUGAUUAAAUUUAUGUAACUGUUAAUUUUUAUGUGAAGUGCUGUGGGCCUAGCCCUAGGCUGGGGUACUGCGCUAUAUAAAUAAGACCACUUUAAUAAUAGUAAUAAUAUUGAAAAUUGAAAUAUUUGGUUCCAAAAACAAAUAAAACAAAAUUGAUAUACAUUUUUAAAUUUUUGUGAUUAAAAUUUUACAUAUUGAAACAAAUGCACUCACUGAGAUGAAAAAGGUGAAUCAUUAUAAUUAAAUAAUCUGAAAAUAUUUACAGCCAGUACCAAAAGACUGUUAAAUAACUCCAAAUCCUUUGCUACAUUGUUAUAUGGAAAGUUAACUUUCCUUUACAGCAUUGUAGCCAGUGACCACCCAGCUUGGAGUACCAUAUAUGAGUUUGUGUUUGAUCGCCUGCGUGCCGUACGCCAAGAUAUGGUGAUACAAGGCAUUGUAGGUCAAGAUGCUAUACAGUUAUUGGAACAAGUUGUCCGCUUUCAUCUUUAUGCUUCCUAUAGGUAAGCUGGCAUUAUGCAGUCACUCUGUUUUUACCCCAAACUACUUUAAAUUCAUUAACUACUACAUAAUAAUAAUAUAAAUAAUAAAUUAUAUAUUUGAAAGUAAAGUCAAGUUCUUGUUUUUUUUAAAAGCAAUAAGACACCCUUUCAUUUAUUUUUCACCAGGAAUUCAUGAAUACUAUUAUAUUUAGAUAAAAAGCAUUAAGUAAUUUAGUUCAAAUUUAAUCUUGAACAAAUUGUUUCCAAGGUUGCGAGAUGCUAGCGUGGCAGAUUUUGACCCAGUCAUAAACAAGCAACACCUGCUGGAGUGUUUGAAAAGGUUAUUAUACCUCUACCAGGUAUCUUAAGGCAUUGUUUUGUAAACUUCACAGAAUUUAGCUUGAAUAGAUUUUCAUAAGAUAUUUAUUUUAUAAUACAAUCACUUUUCUCUAAAAGAAAAUUAUUUUACUAAAUCAUCAUCAAGAAAUUAAAAACUCAUUAUUUCCCGUUUAGGCUGCAAAGUUUCUUUUUGUUUGAAUCCUGGUAAUGUUCUGAUUUUAUUUCUCUAUUUUUAUCAAUAUUGUUAGAAAUGUUUACAAGUGGAACUCAAUAUACUUAACCGUAUCAUUUCUUUUCUCAGAAUUCAAAUUAACAUCAGUGAUUUUCUUUUUAAAAAAAGAAGAAAAAUCUGCACAAAAAACAUUUAGAGAAUCUUUAACUUUAAAUAUUUAUUCCCCAGAUAAACUUCAUAAAUCUUUCUAUAGAGAGUGGUCAUUUUUAAAAUUUGUUUUCAUUUGACAGGUGACACCUGGCCAUCAUGAGCACAGAGUGGAAAUGGAGAGUGUUUACUUAUUGGACAACCUAGGAGACCAUCAUGCCAUGACCCACUACCUUGACCUGGAUCAGAGUCUACGGUAAUAAAUUGAACAAGUUAGCAAUUGUACAUCUUUUCUUACCAUUCACAUUAUGAAUUGAAAUUAUCUUAUUGUUGAACUUAAAUGGUAGUAAAGUGUCCACUAAGCAUUUUAUUGAUUCUGCAAAUCCCUCUCGUGAUAGUAAUUAUGUUGUUUAGUUAUGAGGAAAUCGUACAAGAUUUCAUUUAGCACCUUUUCUUUUAUGUUACUUCAGUCAUUUUUUUUUUCCUAAUUAAAAUCUAAAAAUCUUAGGCUGUUAAAAACUUUGUUGUCUAGGGAUUAAUCAACCUAAAUAAAACAAAACUCAUUAAAACUGCACCAUAUUUUUUUAUUUUAUGCUUUACUUUGUUUAAUUUUUGACAUAAAUUGAUGCACUUUAAUUUGCUCAUCAGCAAGAGUCCUCUCCUUCUCCAAUGUUACAAAAUCAGUUCUGCUUAUGUCCAAGCCAACUAUCUGCGUGUGUUACGACUUCUCUGGCAACUACCAUGUGCAAUGUCUCUAUGUGCUGUUAAUCAACACAUCUAUAAAGUGCAGAUGUAAGAUGAUUUCCUAAAUUUUUUUUUUUUUUUUUACAUUUUUUUUUUUUUUUUUUUUUUUUUUAUUUUUUUUUUAAUAAAAAUUUUUUUUUUUUUUUUUUUUUUCAUUUUUUUUUUUUUUUUUUUUUGAAAAUUGCUAUUAAGUAAAAAUUGUAUAUCUUUAUUAAUUUUUACACAUCAAACUUAUCAAAUUUAAGCAAUAAACUGAUAAUUGAGAAAAGUUCAUUUAAAUUCUGAUUAAUAUAGAACAUAUCAUUCACAGUGACUUAUAAAAUUACAAACUUAUUUCUGGGAUAUUAUAUUGAAAUAUUUGAUUCAUGAUUUCGAUUAGUCAGCAAUCUUUACUUGUGAUGUUAAUGAACUGCUUUCUGGAUUUAGUUUUUAUUAAAUUUAUAUAUGAAAGUAUACUAUGAACAAAUUUUUAAAAAUUGCCUUGAACUUUCUUUUAAAUGUGAAAUAUUUUUAAUUUCUGCAUGUAUAGAUAUUUUGUUUUCUUCUGAUGUUGAAUAAUGUUUAUGUUAUUUAAUUUUUCACAGACAUUUUUUAGAAAUCCUUUCCUUUGGCUUUAAUGCUAAAAGCUGCAAGUUCCCCGUGAACCUCCUAACAACUGUACUACACAUGGAUUCAGACAAACGAACAGAAGAAUUAUGUUCCCAUUGCAGUCUUAUUGACAUGUUCGAGAACCUGUCACCGGAAUACAUUUGUUUCAACAAAACAAAUUUCAGAAAACCUCAUCCCUUAAAGGUGUGUUGAUAUCCCAAAAUUUUACAGCGGUAGACUUUAAUUUAAAGCACACUUGACAUUUGAGUCACCAUAAUGGCUAUUAUGUUGCUAAGUUUUUAAGUUCUUAAAGCUACCCAUUUAAUUAAUGCUUCAGAAAAAUAUCUAACUACAGACUCGGUAAAUUAAAUGUGCUUUUGGUUCACAAAGAAAAAUGAUGUUUUCUAUGUAUAAGAAAUGAAUGGGUGCUUUUUUUGGGCUUAUCUAAUGGAUGUUAUUUGAACAGCUACAGUGCAACAUUGGAUUUGUCUUCAUAUUUAUUUAUUCGUAAUCAGGUGAACAUUUUAAUUAAAUGUCUUUUAAAAUUAUUUUCUUUACAGCAACCUGCUGCAGGAUUGUUGAUUCUGGACAAGCUUUUGUAUAAAUGUUCCAUCCCAGAGUUAUUGUUGGGGAUAAACAAAAAAUCAAUGUUUGAGGACACGGGCAAUGAAGAGUGGAUACAAAUUCAAGAGAAAAAUGUGAAUGCAGUGAAACCACAGGGCAGCCUUCUCAUCACUACGAAAGAUCAUUUGGAUAAGGGAGAUAUGGAAGAAUUGACUUACUUGAAGAACAUUAUGCAGGGAGUAACACUGCAGGAUAACAAAACCCCAAAUACUGGAUUAAAGAGAUAUAGGGGAAGGGGUAGGGGAAGACAAGAAUGAAUGGCUCAUGAUGAUAGUAUUUAUUGAUAGAAUAAUCCUGAUUUAUUGCUGUCCAGAAUAUGAUUUGAUCAAUCAUAAAUAUUUAUAGCUCAGUUGUUAGCAGAUUUAAUGUUUGGUUAGGAAAGGUUGUAACAGUUUAUUCUACACAUUUUAUUUAAUGACACAUUUAUUUUUACAAGAGUAUUCAUCUUUUUUAUUCAUAAUAAAAAGUUUUGAAAAA